CUGGCCAUCAUGCUGUAACUACAUUACACUGCCGCAGACGGGCUCGGAUGUGAUCUGCAUCCGUUAUUCUCCCUCACAGGCCCGGUCCAUUCAGGAAACGACGGUAGUUUUCACAACAAUCUUGGAAAGGGAGCAGACAGUGCCGUUAUUCGCUUCUUUGUCAGGCGGAGUACUGACACUUGUGGCUCUUCAGCAUGUGUUGUGGGGUCAUGUAUACUGCUGUCAUGUUCCUACUGCUUGGGGCUGCAGCAGCCAUCCACAGCUCCCAGACAGUGUUUUUGGAGAAGCAGCAGGCCACCUCACUGAUCUCCCGUCAAAAGAGGGCUGCUGAAGCAUCAACCCUGGAGCAGGCCUGCAUGGAGAAGGUGUGCACAUAUGACGAGGCCAAAAGAUUUUUCCAGGACACUUACCGCACGGACAUCUUCUGGUCAGUCUACAUUGACGGCGAUCAGUGUGCUGAGAAGCCCUGCAAGAAUGGAGCCAUGUGCUUAGACAGUGUGGGAGGCUACGAUUGUGUCUGCAAGUCAGGUUUCAGUGGACAAAACUGUCAAGAAGACUUGACCCUUUGCGUCAUGGAGAAGGACAAGGGCUGCUCCCAGUUCUGUAAACCUGGAUACGUGUCGUAUGAGUGUUCCUGCGCUCCUGGAUGGAAGCUGAGCACAACAGACAGAAACACUUGCAUGCCUGCAGUUCCAAAACCCUGCGGUAGGCUGAGCAGUCUGAGUCUGUGGAAGAGCAACCAGGUCAGCAACAUCGAUGGAGUCUCCUGUUCGUCCUCCGACUGUCCCUGGCAGGCUUUGCUCAAAAAUGCAGAGUCUUCAGGUUUCUGUAGCGGAGUCAUACUAAAAGAAAACCUGGUCCUGACCACAGCUCAGUGCGCCAACAAGUACAGCUCCUUUCAGGUUGCUGUUGGCAAACACCAAGUCUCAAGUGAAAGCUCAGGGAAGACACUGUAUGUACAAGUAGUUCACCUCCACCCUCGCUAUGUGGAAGGCCGCCCCGAGAACAACCUGGCCGUGAUCGAGCUUCGCGACCGCAUCAUUUUUGGUAAUCAAGUCAUCGCUGCCUGUCUGCCUGAAAAAGACUUUGCCGAGAGCAUACUGAUGGCAGGAGAGCUCCCAGCAUUUACUACGGGAUGGAAAACAAGCUCACAGGCAGUUUUCCAGGACCAGCUCACCCUUAAGCAGCUGGGGUACCGUCCGCUAAAUCAGUGUUUAACUACCUACCCCAGCAUAAUGACCAACAAGAUGGGCUGUACCACACCAGCGGGAGGGGCUGAGUGCACCAUGAGCUCAGGCAGCCCCUUGCUCACCAUGUACAGGGAUGUGUUCUUCCUCACUGGAAUCUUGAGCCAGCCUGAGGGGGCCGAAUGCAGCAAUGGUUACGUCUUCCAAAAAGUGCCGCGUCACCUUGGGUGGCUGCAGUCCAUUAUGGGUUCACGCUGAUCAUAAACUAUUUCUGUGUUGCGUUUGAACAAACACAUAUAAACACUUAUACUUAUAAUGAGUUCUUAGUCUUAUGUAUUUGUGCAUUUCCUCAUUUAUCCAGUAGGUGGCUCUUUAAGAACAGAUUUGCUCUCAUGCAACAAGGCCUUUCAUGUACAGUACUCAGCAUGUUUGUGAUGUAAACAUUUAAAGUUGUAUUAUUUAAAGAAUACUUUAAUAAUCAAUAUGUACUUUUGAAUGAUACCUAAUAUUUAUGUUCCACAAAUUUAAUAAAUCAUAAAACCCCA